UGCUCUGCCCGGGGGGGAAAGUGUGGGGCGGGAGGGGGACGCGAGCAGCCAGCGCGGCCGCCUCCACCCCCAGGCAGCGUGCCCCUCCAGACAUCGCUGCGUUCACAUCCAGACCCCUUGGGAGAUCCUGCCCUGUUGCUAAUUGUCGAGAGCUGUCCAGAAUCCUUAUCGUUAAGCUCCCGCGGUGCUCGUGAGGUGUUGCAUUACCUGGUACGACAACAGCUCUCACCAGAAUGCUAAGCAGCCACUGCUGUCAGAGAGAGUAAGGCCAGUGAUGGGAAUGGAACUAUAAAGUCACCGCCAAAGGUCCUGAAACCACGAGUGAAGAAUCUGAGUCGACCCAAAAGCAGACUGGUUCCUGUCUCCAGGUGGGACUGAGCUCCAGCCCGUCGCCAGCCGGAUGCCCUGGGAAGCACAAACCCUUCUGAGAGCUGUAGUUCAAGUGAAUGCCAAUUGAGUGACCUAAAAUGUGAGCUUGCUGCAGCAGCCGCUCCUCCUAGCAGGCUCGGUGUGCUGCUGGCGGCUCCGGGCAGAGACCAUCUAGCAUGCUCCUCCAACUGGGCUGCUCAGCUGGUGCCAACAGCAGCCGUUCGAUUCCAGGGACACCAGGCUGACUUCACACCAGCUGGGCAUCGGACCUGCAGAGCAGAAACCGUGUUGGUGCUUCUGGAGCAGCUGGUCCGGAGAUCUGCUUUUGGAAAGGCUGGCACAGCCUCAGACAGGAAGAUCUGCUGUUUACUAAUCAACACUCUGCUGCUUUGGACACCUCUAACUCUUCCUGCAUACUUAUGAAGAGUCAGUACUGGGCAUUAAAUGCAGCUCUGCCCAACUCAGCUGCUGCGUAUGUGUUUCUUCUGUGUUAAAGUUGAGCCAGAACCAGUUUCAAGGCAGCUGAAAGAAGGAGGCCGAGAACCAAGAGAGGUUGGAAAACUGAGGCAGAAGCUGAGCUGGCUUGUGCUGCAUGGAUGAAUAAAUGAAUAAGAAAAGGAGUGUGUGGGGUAUCCCAUCACAAGGAGGGGCUUCUGCACGUGGGACCAACUGGGCAGGAGGAACCUCCAUGGGAAAGCUUUGCCAUCCUGAACUUGGUGUGAGUGCCUGCUGCCCAGGGUGCUGGUGGGGCAAUUAGAGGAAGGGUCUGCAUCACGUACAACGGAUCAGGGUUCACCCUCUCCCUCCUUGGGCCAGCGUUCCCCACUAAAUAUUGUUUAUUGGCUGCUCUCACCUGGCGUGAGGGGUGACCCUGAAGAAAAGGAUUUACUGCUUUGCCUGGAGAAAUCCGAUUUCAUGCAGCGCUCGCAGCCAAGCAGCCCACUUAGACCAGGCAGCCUUGGAGAUAACUACGACUUAGCUAGAGUGCUUGCUUCGAGCUGCCUGCUCAGACUCCCUGGUGCAGACCUGGCAGAGGAGGACAGGCCAAGACACAAGCAACACGUUGGGAGCCAGCAGUGAUGCGGGCAGCAGGCAUGUCUCUCGCCUGCUGUGGUGAGCUAAAACUGGCGUUUCUGUGUGUAGGAGGAGGAAGCAAAGGGUUGCUCUGCUUUUCCAGCUUGAGAGUCAGCUGAGGAAGUGGUCUCAAACCAGCCUGUGGAAUUGCUUUAUUUGGCAGUUUAGCUGGGCUCGAGGUGGGGGAAAAGGCUAUUGACUGACUUGAGCAUCUUGCCUUCUGUUUCACUCAGCCUACGGUGAACUGUACAGGACUGUGUUUCUACCCAUCUUGCCUUUAUUUACUUUAUCAUGGUAGAACCUCAGUCUUGAGGUGAGAGACGGUCUCUGUUCUCCUAGCAGGUCUCUUAGUUGCGUCCCCACGGCUUUGCUGCCGCUGGGCAGCCUGGCGGCUGGAGCACGUACGGCGCUCGGGAUGGGGGAGCCGUCGAGGGACGCGUCAGAAAAGCCAGAGACGCCGCACGUGGGGGACAGCUGGUGCCUCCAGUUAGACUUGAGCUGAAGAUCCUUGGAAAUACUCGUCCCCUCACAUCACAUGGCUUUCAUUUAGCCAGAAGUUCGGAUUUGUGACAAAUUAACUGCUUGGAUAGCAGGAAAUGAGAGGGGAAGCUCCAGGGAUCCACUUUGGGUGGAUCUAUGAAACUCAGUGAAAUCUUGCUGUUGAGCAGGUAGCGGGAAGCAAAGCGUGGAGAUGUGUUAGCUGAUGCACAGCAGUUAGGGAGAGCAGUUAAAACGAGGAAAUCGAGGUCGGGAAAAUUGUGUUCUGGGGCUUUUUUUUGUUCCCAGUUUUAUUUUGUUAGUCCAGGCUUUGCAAUUUACAGGGAAGAGACCAUGACAGAGCAGUUAACAUUCUCCAGCUAAUGGCCUAAUGCAGGCACAUUCUGGUAUUAAGCUCGUAGCAAAACUGCACCUGUUCCUUGAGCUGCUGCAUUCAAGAGUCUGUUAUCUAUCAAGUCCUUUCUUGAUCCCUUAGAUCAGUCCUGGGAUUGAAAAACUGUAUUUUAGGAGUCUUUGUUUCAGCCUUUUUAUGGCACAAAGUAGUUUCUUCGCAAAGGUCUUUCUAUGGUUCAUUCAUCUCUAUAAAUCCUGAACCGACCUUCCUUUCUCCAGUGUGUUGGGAUCUUUACAGCAGCCCAUGCCGCAGCGCCUCGCCUAUUCCACCCGAACUGCCCGUGCCACUGGCUUGGACCUAACCUAGGAUAAAUCUCAGCGUGGCCUGGGUAGGGGGGAACCAUGGGGAGCUCUGCCUCAUCGCUGGCCGCAGAGACGGAGUCGGACCAUGGCUUCACUAGCACACCCUACCCGGGGCACCCAGCCGUGAGCUGGUAUAGUAGUCGUCACAGUGGCCCUGUUUGGGAAAGUGCCCUUAUAACACGGCAGCAUCAGCAUUUACACCACCGGGUGCGAAGAUCAACACUUCUGCAUUGCUCCCUUGACUUUUUUUGGCUUCAGAGGCAGGAACUUGGUCUAGUGUUUCAUGGCCCCCCUGAGAGUUGUCACACAUGGAGCUGUGAAGUGGUCUCAGUCCUCUGGACGGAGCUGAUGGAUGGAUGUGAUGACAGCAGGAAGCUCAGGAGCCUGGCUGAGCUGCUCCACUCCCACUCUCCCGGCUCCAUGGCUGCCGUCCGCGAGUGGUCCUGCACCCGCUGCACCUUUCUGAACCCCGUUGGCCAGCGGCAGUGCUCCAUAUGUGAAGCUCCCCGCCAGAAGCCCGACCUCAACCACAUCCUGCGGCUCAGCGUGGAGGAACAGAAAUGGGCUUGUGCCCGCUGCACCUUCAGGAACUUUCUGGGCAAGGAAACCUGUGAGGUAUGUGGCUUCACCCCAGAGCCAGGGCCCAGUGGCUCUCCCUUGCCCAUCAUCAAUGGCAUCUUGCCCAAGCCCACCGUGCUUGUGGAGCCCAAGGGCACGUCCAAGGAGGAGGCUGCCAAGGCAGAAAGCAGCAGUGAGGACUCAGAGGGGAAGAGCCCUGAGGAAGCGGAGCUGGAGAGUGGCUGGGCUUGCCAGCGCUGUACACUGCACAACACGCCAGUGGCCAAUUCCUGCUCUGCCUGUGGUGGCCCACGCAAGCUCUCCCUGCCCAAGAUCCCACCAGAGGCGCUGGUCGUCCCUGAAGUCAUCACCCCUGCCGGAUUUCACAUGGCCCCCUCUACCCCGCAGCCUUUAGUCUCCGCAGAGAUCUCUGACGGUGACGCCGUGGCCACGCAGGGCCCAGUGGCUAUGGAACAAGAGGCCCAGAAAAUACCACCCUUCAGUCCCUUCUCCCCGGGGCUGCAGAACAACCCUGUGCCCCGAAGCCGCCGGGAGGUGCCCCCCCAGAUGCAGAUGCCAGGGCCCGAAGCCUCCCCGCCAGUGGCUCAGAGCGCAGCAGGGCAAAAGGGCUCGCCGCAGGGUCAGGCCAGGGCUGCCCCGGCUGCCCGCUUCCAGGAGCUGCUGUCCAACAAGCGGCUGAGCGUGCUGGAGGAGGAGAUGGAGAUCAGUCCGUCCCACUGGAAGUGCAGCUCCUGCUCCCUGCUUAACUCCGCCGGGGCCAGCAAGUGCGAGGCUUGUGGCACCCAGAAAGGCAGUGACACCAUCAAUCUGGUGGGGGACUCGGUGAGAUUCACCCCAUGCAGCCCCUCCAGCCCCGACUUCACCACCUGGUCCUGUUCCAAGUGCACCCUCAAGAACCCCACCUUGGCCCAGAAGUGCAAAGCCUGCGGCUCCUCCAAGCUGCAUGGCUUCCAGGAGCACGGGACGCAGGGUGAGCCGUCCGCCCGCUGCUCCGACUGCGGGGCCUGUGACAAGGGCGGCUGCUCCUCCUGCGGCGGCAGGGCCCCCUCCGCCCGCAAGGUCGCCCGUCUCUUCCCGUCCCAGUUGUCCACCGGCCAGGAGAGGCCGGGCCAGUGGGCUUGUCCUGCUUGCACCUUGCUCAACGAGCUCAAGGCCAAGCACUGCGUGGCCUGCCAUACCCCGCAGCAGUACGUGGCCCAGCGCAAGGGCCUCAAGCCCCUGAAGAGACGGGAGAGCAUGCACGUGGAGAAGAGGCGGCAGACGGACGAGGGAGAGGCCAAAGCCCUGUGGGAAAACAUCGUGACCUUCUGCCGGGAGAACAAAGUCAAUUUUGUAGAUGACAGUUUCCACCCUGGACCUAAAUCCGUGGGAUUCCCGGAAGGCGACAGCGUGCAGCAGAGGGUAAAACAGUGGCUGCGACCCCACGAGAUCAACUGUAGCAUCUUCAAGGACCGAUCGGUGAAGUGGUCGGUGUUUCGGACACCCCGGCCCUCAGAUAUCCUGCAGGGAUUGCUGGGAAACUGCUGGUUCCUGAGCGCCCUGGCCGUGCUGGCCGAGCGGCCGGAGCUGGUGGAGAGGGUGAUGAUCACGAGGACGCUGUGCCCCGAGGGUGCCUACCAGGUGCGGCUCUGCAAGGACGGCACGUGGACCACGGUGCUGGUGGAUGACAUGCUGCCCUGCGACGAGUGCGGCUACCUCCUCUUCUCGCAGGCCCAGAGGAAGCAGUUGUGGGUCGCCCUCAUUGAGAAGGCGCUGGCCAAGCUUCAUGGUUCGUACUUUGCCCUCCAGGCAGGGCGUGCUAUUGAAGGCCUGGCUACACUAACGGGUGCCCCCUGCGAGAGCCUGAUGCUGCAGGUCAGCUCCACUAACCCUCGUGAGGAGCCCAUUGACACUGACCUCAUCUGGGCCAAAAUGCUGAGUUCUAAGGAGGCUGGGUUCCUCAUGGGCGCGUCCUGUGGCGGAGGCAACAUGAAGGUGGAUGAUGUGGCCUACGAGAGUAUGGGUCUCCGUCCACGGCACGCCUACUCCAUCCUGGACGUGCGGGAUGUCCAAGGCUUCAGGUUACUGCGGCUCCGAAACCCCUGGGGCCGCUUCUCCUGGAACGGCAGCUGGUCCGACGAGUGGCCGCACUGGCCAGCUCCCUUGCGUCACGACCUGAUGCCCCAUGGCAGCAGCGAGGGGGUCUUCUGGAUGGAGUACAGCGAUUUCAUCAAGUAUUUUGACUCAGUGGAUAUCUGCAAGCUCCAUUCGGACUGGCACGAGGUGCGUGUGCAGGGCAUGUUCCCCAACAAGGCCAACGGGCCGGUGACGGUGACAUCGCUGACGGUGUUGGAGCGUGCCGCCCUGGAGUUUGCCCUCUUCCAGGAGGGCAGCAGGCGGUCGGACACGGUGGACAGCCACUUGCUGGAUCUGUGCAUCAUGGUUUUCCGGGCCACCUUCACCAGCGGGAACAAGCUGAGCCUGGGCCGGCUGAUGGCUCACAGCAAACGAGCCGUCAAGAAGUUCGUCAACUGCGACGUCAUGCUGGAGCCGGGCGAGUACGCCGUCGUGUGCUGUGCCUUCAACCACUGGAGCGCCGCCCUGGCAGGCCCCGCCGCCGCCCAGGCAUCCAGUCCCACCAGCAGCCGACCGGCCACCGAUUAUUCCAACUACAUCCUGGCCAUCUACAGCUCCCGCCUGGUGAUGGUGGAGCAGGUGGAGGCGCAGCCCACCACGCUGGCCGACGCCAUCAUCCUGCUGACAGAGAACAAGGGCGAGCGCCAUGAGGGCCGCGAGGGGAUGACCUGCUACUACCUGACUCAUGGCUGGGCAGGGCUCAUCGUGGUGGUGGAGAACCGGCACCCCAAGUCCUACCUGCACGUCCAGUGCGACUGCACCGACAGCUUCAACGUCGUCUCGACGCGCGGCAGCCUCAAAACGCAGGACAGCGUCCCCCCCCUGCACAGGCAGGUGUUGGUGAUCCUCUCCCAGCUGGAGGGUAACGCCGGCUUCUCCAUCACCCACCGCCUGGCGCACCGCAAAGCCACCCAGGCCUUCCUCAAUGACUGGAUGUCGACGAAGGGCACCCACAACCCGCUGCUGACGCCCGAAGUCGCCGGGCUCCACGGCCCCCGGCCCCUAUGACGAAGAAGCGCCUCCCCCCUUCCCCGCUCCACUCCCCCGUUAUUUUCACCGAGCCUCUGGCCUGCGCUCCCCCCCCGUCGCCCCCCCCCCGAGCCGUCAGCGCUGAGCCAUGGGGCAGAGCCGGAGCAUCACACCCAGCACUUUGCCCAGCGCCGCGGGGCCAGGGCGAGCUCUCAGGGCCGGGACCAGCUCUGCCCGCUGGCCCCCUCCCCCCAACCCCGCCCUGGCACCGGCCGGCCCCCCCACGCACUUUAGGAGGAGCGGCUGGGGGCACGGGGCCAUCUCAGGAUCCCACCUGCCCCAUCCCCGCGCUGGGGCCUUGGUGCCCUUGGCCUGCCCCGGGCACGCAGCGGGGGGCUGCGGGAGAAAAGAGGCGGGGGGGGGGGGGGGGGGCUGGAGGUUGCUGUCAAGGCCCUUCCCAGGCACCACGCUCAGGACUCUGCCCCCCUCCUGCGGCGCCAGGGCCCUGGCGCUGCAAAACAAAACAAAACAAAACAAAACAAAAAAAAUAUACCUCUCUGACGUCUGUCCAUCUGUGUGACCCUCCGUCUGUCCCCAGGCUGUUCCCACUGUCUUGUUACACCUUCCCACCCCCCCACCCCCCCACCCCCCCCCCCCCCGUCGUCCGCUGCCAGGACCAGCGUGGCACCAAGGUACUGUAGCGGGGCCGGGGGGGGGCCGGGGUGACCCUGCCGUGGUGCUGCCUGUGCUGGCUGCUCGUGGGGGGGAUCCGCUGUGGCACCCGGACACCCCCCCUCCACCAUCCGCUCGCUUGUCCCGGGCGCUGGGGCUGCCCCCCCCCCCCCAUGCCGGGAGGAGAGGGCGCUGGGGUGUUUCGGAAAGCUGCUGCUUGAGGGGUUUUCACCGCCCCUUGGGGCGAAACGCAGAGGUGCCCUCUUCCACUGCUGCUCCAGGGCGGGGGAGCAGGGCCCUGGGGUGAUGGUCAGGGGGGGCUGCGGCAGCGGGGACCUCCCCCCCCCCCCCAACUCAUCACACAAGUGUUACUAUGCAAAGGCGGCCGCUGAAAGCAGUGCCUGGAGUGAAGCCAUGCGUCCCGCGCUGGGCUCAGCCCCCCCCACCCCCUGCACCCCCCGCCCCCUCCGUGCCCUGCGGAGGCGAGGGGUGAAGGGGCAGCAGGUCCGGCCCCGGGGUUUGGGGCGCGGUCCCUGGGGCUUUACCACGUUGUGGCCAUGUGCCAGGGUGAGGGGGGGGGGGGUGAUUUUGGGGGGGGGGAAGCAGAGAGCCCCGUCCUUCCCAGUCCUGGGGGGAAGGUCGUGAGCACAAGGGGAAGGCUUGCAAGGGCCUCGGGGUGCCGCUGCCCGCCGCGGGGGGCUGACCCCCCCCCGGCUUCGGGGCAUCGUGGCUCUCCAGCUUGGCACAGGGGUGUGUGUGUGUGUGUGUGUGUGUUUUGGGGGUCCCCUCUCCUCCCCAAGCUGUGUGAACUUGCAGCUCGGGCUGGGCAGGGGGGAGAUGCUGAGCCCUGUUCUGGCAGGGACCGUGCUGAGGGGCAGUGUGUCCCCCAAACCCUGCGCCAGCAGCCAGGCUGGGCAGGGGGAUGUGCAGGCUGGGGGGUUUGCCUCUGUGUCCCCCCGGGGGGCCUGGGGCGGGCAGGGGGGGCUGCCCUGGCACCCAUCCGGCCCCCCCCGGCUGGGGCUGCCGAGCCAAGCUCUGUCCGUAUUUUUGUUUGUUGCUCUGUUUUCUUUCGUCCCUGCUCCUUCCUCCUCGGGAUGAUUUGUCCUUCACUUUUUUUUCUCUCUGUCUUUCUGAGCUGUGAAUAUUUUUAACCCUGUAAAUACUGUCCAGCUCUUAAGAAACAUAGGAUAUUUUAUCAAUUGUAAAUCAGAUCAGUAAUCCCUGUAUGAUACGAAUUAUCCAUGGGUGGUUUUCAAACUCAGGUUCUGACGGACCAAAUAAAGUUUUGUUUUUUACUGAA